AUGAUAUCCACACAGGCAGUUGUGCUACAACUUAUCUCAAGUCUACUCCAUGUCCAUCCGACAGAGCUCAGCCACACCUGCAGCUUUGUGGCUCAGGGUGGAAGCUCCAUAGAUGCGGUGACUUUAUCGCAGGCAUGCAAAAAGUCGGGCAUUAUCCUCUCAGUCCAAGAUAUUAUGAGGUCUUUCUCAAUUACCGAUAUCGUCCACGCAGCCUCUUUACAGCCAAGCGAUGAUACUAUCAACAGCCAAUCAACAUCCUUGAGCAUUACACCUUCCAGAAAUCACAGUUACAUACAAAAACCAGGAAAAUACCCUGUCACGGAUAUGCAACUGACUUUCAUCAAUGGAAGUGAAGCGCGACCGGGAACGAACAUCAUUCAGCAUCAGCAACCAUGUGUUCCAGAGCGGAUACCGCUUCUCAAGCAGGCCUGGAAGACGGUGCUGGAGGCGGAGCCAAUCUUCCGGACCAACUUCAGAUUGGAAGACGGUAUAGGCUAUCUUAUCGACACGGAAAAGCCUGUAUUUGAGUGGGAGGAGGUCAUCGUCAGUUCAAAGGAAGAAUAUCUGUCCAUCCUUGAGGAAAUGCCUACGUUGACUGAGGUCGGCUUUCGCUUCAGAGUGGUGGUUCAAGAACCCCUUGGCGCUCAACCACAAGUCGCAUGUCUCAUUUGGUCUGUUCAUCAUGCUCUAGUGGAUGGAUUUUCCAUGGGGAUUCUACUGGAAAAGGUCGAAAACGUCGCUCGAGGGCUUCCAGUCCAACCAGGGCCUUCAUUCUCGUUACUUUCCGGCCAUCUUCAGCAACUUCAACAGACAAUGAAGAUUCAGGGGCGGGAAUUCUGGGAGAAACAAGAACAGCGUUUCCCCACUGCUACUGGUGACAUUCUCUUACCCCCGCCGAGCGGCAUAUGUGGGAAAAGUCGCUCGAUUCUUCACAGUGUCACACCACAUACCCCUCAGACACGGCUCCACAGUUAUGCCAAAGAGCUCGGGGUUACAACCGCUUCGAUUUACAUGGCAGCAUGGGCGCUAGUUCUGUCCCAGCUCAGUAACUCGGACACAGUGACUUUCGGCACCGUCGUGUCAGGACGGAACCUUGACCUGCCGGGCGUUCAUGAGACAGUAGGGCCGUUGGUCAAUACACUGCCACUGCAUGUCUCUCUGGAGAGCCAGACUAUGAGUUCUCAACUGUUACUUGAGGUGUUCUCGCAGCUUCUCGAACUAGCUUCCUUUCACUGGACCAUACCUGAACACGGCUACCGCCGUGAUUUCUCGUCUGCCGUCGCGAUGCAAUAUGAAAGCGUUAUGAGCGCUGAGCUUGUAGGCUCAUGCCCCCACCAGAAAACCCGAACAGUGAUCAAUAGCGAUAUUCCGUUGAGUAUCAUGGUGGCACCGGACGGAGAGAUCCACAUCCACUACCUCAAUACUCAUUACAGCGCUGAACAAGCCAAGCUUCUGGGCCAGCAGUAUUCGAAUGCGCUUAGAUCUCUUUGCUGGCCGUCAUACACCGUUGGAAUGUGUCUGGAAGAUCUGAUGGGAACAUCAUUCCGCCAACGGCUGAUGGACUACGGGAACUGCCAUUCUGGGCUGACGACCGAAACAUCGAUCCAUGAUGACUUGGUCACCCUGUUUGAGCAUGCAACAGAAAACAAUCUGACGGGAACUGCGUUGGAACAUGCUGAACUCUCUAUGAGCUAUCAAGAGCUGGAUGAAAAUAGUACCCGGCUGGCCCGGUAUCUUAAAGACAUCAUCAAGAUCCGUGAGGGAGAGAUCGUGUGUGUCCAUGCAGAUCAAUCUAUGAACUGGAUAGUCGCUAUCUAUGGAAUCUUGAAGGCAAAGGCGAUCUAUUGUCCUUUGAACCAGAACCUGACUCCAGAGUUGCGGUCUUCGAUGUUUGAAUCUUCCACCAGUCGAAUUUUCCUUGUCCCAAAUGUGUCCAGUCUUGUUUGCAAGCCCGAGGCUUGCGAGGAAAUGAUCACAAUAGAAAGAGUCCUUGCCUCGGAGGAAUUAAACCAGGUCCAAGAAGAACCCUCAGUGUCAUCUCCGCGAUUAGUUCCCACACCCGCCGCUGCAGCCUAUCUGUGCUUCACUUCUGGCUCCACGGGUAAGCCAAAGGGCGUCAUCUGCACUCACCGUGGCCUAGUUGCUUUCCAGCGAGACCUGGAAGUGCGGUUAUUUGCCGGGCCUGGAAAGAAAAUCGCCCAGCUGAUGUCAGUCUCGUUUGACGGAUCCAUUCACGAACUCUUCUCUGCCCUUAGCUAUGGUGCUACAUUGGUACUUCCUGACUCCGCAGGUCCUUUUGACCAUCUACAGCGAGUGGACUCGGCGAUUCUAACCCCAUCUGUCGCCAAGAUUCUGAAACCGGAGGACUUCCCAACACUGAAAAAUGUUUACCUUGUAGGUGAGCCCGUGCCGCAAUAUGUCAACGACCAGUGGGCAGAAAACAAGCAGAUGUUCAAUAUGUACGGGCCAACCGAAGCUACUUGCGGUGCGACCAUCGCUAGACUUAUGCCCGGGAAGGCAGUGACCAUUGGAAAUCCGAAUCCAACGACGCGAAUUUAUGUGCUCAAUCGAAAGCGACUGCUCAUCCUUCCUGGUGUGAUUGGAGAAAUAUACCUAGCGGGCGUCCAAGUGUCCAAUGGCUAUCUGAACCGACCGGACGCAACGCGCGAGCGGUUCUUUGAAGACAGUAUCUGUCCAGGUCUUGGAGAACGCAUGUAUGCAACUGGAGAUCUAGGGUACUGGAACGAGGCCGGAGAUCUGGUAUGCCUUGGUCGAAACGACAGGCAGAUCAAACUACGUGGGUUUCGUCUAGAUCUUGACGACCUGGAAACCCGCAUAGCGAGACUGCCAGGAGUGUCUGCCGCCGCAGUAGCACGCCGGGAUGACCAUCUUGUCGCUAUGUUGCAGCCCAGCACUCUAUGUAUGGCCGACAUACGCCCUCGGCUGGCUAGCAUUCUUCCAGUGCACAUGAUUCCAAAGUGUGUUGUUGCAGUUGACCAAUUCCCGAUGACCGGGGCGGGUAAGCGCGAUUACCGACAGAUCAUAGCCAUGAUUGAUGACAGCAAAACCAUCACCUCGGAAAGCUUGACGGUGUGUGAGCAAAAAGUCUCCUGCAUCUGGAUCGAGCUGCUGGAGAUCCGAAGCCCCGUGAAAAUCUCGCCGGACUCUAGCUUUAUCGACCUUGGUGGCCAUUCCAUUCUGCAAUUGCGCUUGGCUAGUCGCUUAAGUGCUGUAUUCAACUGUUCUGUGCCCCCUCGAACGGUGAUCGAAGCAGCGACGUUGCGUGAUCUGGCUCAAGAGAUCGAAAAGAUAUCACUUAGCGGGCUGCCCGGCAAGACUAAAAAGAACGACUUCUCUAUGCAGGUUAUUAAAAAAAGAUUUGGCUGUACCCAGCUUUCUCCCAUGGAGACAGAAUGGCUCACCAAGUAUGGCUUGGACUGGGGAACUUCAGCGUUCAACGUCUCAUUUGCCUAUCAGGUUGAAAGCCUCCAAAAGCGGACGCAGUUAAUCAAGGCCUGGGAUCAGGUCCUGGCGAGACAUCAAAUCCUACGAUCACGCUAUAUCCAACGUCGCCCUGGAUGCUUUCACAGAGAGAUGUUUGAAUAUCCUCCUCAAGUGCAGCUUGUCCGCUCACUCAACCUGUGGAAGGAAGUCAAUCGACCCUUUCGUCUCGACAAAGAAUAUCCUGUUCGAGUCCUGUCCUCGCCUGAUGUCAUUUUGAUUACUGCAACCCAUACAAUCUGUGAUCUCACAACAAUGCAGCUCCUGCUCGACGAAGUAGCAAGUAUUGCUGAUGGUAAACCGGCAUUCCAUGUUGAUCCAUCUUAUAUCGACUCUCAUGUCUGGUCUGAGGAGGGGUCCCAAGAGAACAUUGAAUUCUGGGCCGAAUAUCUCGAUAACACCCACCCCGUUGAAUUUCCUCUUCUUCCGAGGUUUACCUCAGAUCGAGUCAACUAUCACGGUACUAGUUACGUCACGCGGAUGCCGCGGGACAUGGCACGGAAUAUUAGCGCUUUCACAAGUCGGAAUGGUAUAACACCACAUCAAUUGUCUCUGGCUGCAGUAGCACUCGCUCUACAGCCGGGUUCAGACGAAAUUGAUGUUGUUCUGGGGGCUCCGCAUCUCAAUCGCUCAUCCAUGGAUGAUAUGGAAACCAUCGGUUUGUUCCUAGAGCCUCUCGGGAUCCGCGUGCAGAGUCCGGCUGACAAAGCAUCAAUGUCAACCAUGUCAUUUCUGCAGGCCAUCCGGCAGUCCAGCCAAGCAGUCCUGGCCCAUCCCGUACCCUGGACGCAGCUAUGGCGCCGGUUUGAUAGCACAACUGAAUUCCCCAAUCAUCCACUUUUCGAUGUGAUGGUGACCUUCCACAGCCAUCAGAGCUCUUUGAAGGUUCCCUUGGAUGGGACCCAGCCAUUAUAUACUUGGGCACAGGGUUCCAAAUUCAAACUCCUGUUUGAAAUUUCCGCCAUUUCGGAGGAUGACCUUAUACUAAGGAUCGAGUACGAUGAUGCAUUAUUCUCGCAACAGGAGAUCAACAGAACAGAAUCCUUGUUCGGAACUGCACUGGACCUACUCUCACGUGGAAGCGAAUGGGGGCAGAUUAAAGCAAAGUUGAAAGAAGCUAUGGAUAUCACUCCUGAAACACCCGGUCAAUUGGACUCAAAGAGGGUUUUUGGAAUGAGACUCGAAGAGCUUAGCAAUGCAUGA